UAAAUUUUUAAUUAAAUUUUAAGGGGUUUUGUCAUCAACCAUAGUUAAUUAAUUAUUAUAGCAUUGUUUUUAUUAGAAUUUUAAGAAUGAAGCAUCUGGCUUUAGCUAACACAAUUAACAAAUUUGUUAUUAAUAAAUCGGAAUUAUAUGAAUAUAAAGACAGUAUUGCUUCCAAAGGAGUUUCUGAUACAUUGGAGGGUUGUUUAAAUUUCUGUACGUGUGAUGGUAAGAGUAAAUCGCUUUUUGAGAUAGAUUCUGUUGUGGAUUACUUACAUGAUGAAUUAAACACUGGACAUUGGAGUGAUGUGCCAAUUAAUGUUCGAAGAUGCUUUUCAGUGGCAAGUUUUGCAAAAAUGUUGAUUAUGUUGCAAACGGCAUCUGAGUUUAGUUUGGAGUUGCUUCAAAAAGCGUUGAAAUGUAUAGAUUUAGGUUUACUUUUGGGUGCUCCACUGAAUGAAAAUAGUGAUUUAUUAACUGAUAUUGCAAAGUAUUUGUCAUGCAAAAUAAGCGAACUUAAUAAUUCUGUGAUAGUUUUUAAUACAGUUAAGAGACUGAAAUUAGAUGAAGACUUAAUAAUUUAUAACAAUUUAAAUGCCAAGGAAAUAAAUUAUGAAGAAUGCCCUUCAAUGGAACUAUUUGAUAAAAUAUAUUUUAAAGCAAAAAUUCCUGUUAAAUUAAAAAGUUGCAUGAAACACUGGCCAGCUUCCACCAAAUGGUUAGAUGUAAAUUACAUUUUAAAAAUAGCUGGAGAUAGAACUGUUCCAAUUGAAAUAGGUUCGCAUUAUGUUGAUGAGAAUUGGUCCCAAAAAUUAAUGACCCUUAAGGAUUUUAUUCACAAACAUUAUUUGAGUGAUGAUGAUGGAGAUAUUGGGUAUCUUGCACAGCAUAAUUUAUUUGAACAGAUUUCCGAAUUAAAGAAUGAUAUUUGUAUUCCAGAAUAUUGUGCCCUUAGUUUAGAUUAUGACAAUUGUAUAGAACCUGAUAUUAAUGCAUGGUUUGGACCAAAAGGCACAGUGUCGCCUUUACAUUUUGAUCCCAAGGACAAUAUUUUAGCUCAGGUUUAUGGUACCAAACAAAUCAUACUAUUUUCUUCUGAAGAUACUAAAUAUUUGUAUCCACAUGAAAGUAAUUUAUUAUUUAACACAUCCCAAGUGGAUCCUAUAAAUCCAAAUUUACUCUUACAUGAAGAAUUCACAAAGGCAACCAUGUACAAAUGCCUUUUGGAACCUGGUGAUAUGCUAUACAUACCUUUAAAAUGGUGGCAUCAUGUCACAGCCCUAGACAAAAGUUUUUCAGUUAGUUUUUGGUGGAAAUAAUAUAAAUUCA